GUAGCGCUGAUUAUGAAAGCGUCUUUGCAUAACGUAAACAUGAGCUCGCGAGCUGCUCUCGUGCUGAAUGGCCGAGUCGGUUGCUAUGGAGACGCCCAACACAGCGCGGCUGUCAGUCACUAUCGAGUUUGAACCCAACAAGGACAUUUGCUGAUUUCUGCGCGAGAUGAAAGACGCACUGUACAGAGCAGCGCUCGGAGUCUGUGAAGAACAGACUGGAAGAAACAGCAUUGCUCACCGGCAGAUCUUCUGCAGUGAAUGGGUGCCGUCAGAAUGAUAGCUGAUAAAAAACAUUGCAAUGAACCCCGAGUAAUCCACGCCACUCCAGUCUAUCGGUUAAUACCUUGAGCUGCAUGUCUCGUUCUGACGGCACCCAUUCACAAUCUGUUCUGUUGAAGAAACGAACUGUCUACUAACAUCUUGGAUGAUCACGCCGCUGAGUGGUUAAUAUUGUGCAUGUGCAGAAGAGGAUGGAUCACACUGAUGUGCGUGAGAGCUCAGAGAACUGGCCGGAGUCUCUCUCUCAGCUCCUGUCCCUCUGCAACGCUGACAGUGUAUCUGAAAGAGGAGACGGGAUGAGCGAACAGAUGCUCAUCAGCAGUGAGUCACUGGCUGACUUUGAGGAACAGCUUUACUCUGCCAUCGAGACGUACCAUGAUCAAAUCAGGUGGCUCAGUCAGGGAAACAGGAAGGUGUUUGGUUUGGUGAACGGGUCCCGCGUUGGAGUUCUUGUUGACACGUCUGAUUCGAACUGCUCUACAGAGAGACUAGCGGAUCUACGGCGAGAGCUCUUAACUCUCAUCGACGAGCAGCUGCGCUUCAAAAAACAUCUGCACCUUCUGUCCUUCGGCUCAGAAGUCAGCAGCCUUUGGGACCAACCACAAGAUACCUGUCCGCUGAGGCUCAGGGAGUGCUGUGCGUGGGUCACACAGCUCCGGGCGGCUGGAGGCUGUGAUCUCCUGCAGGCGUUACAGAGGGCUCUGACCCGCUCAGAGCUGGACACACUACUCAUCAUCCUCGGCUCUCGCCCUGAUCAGACAGUAGGUAUUAUAUGUGAUUUUUUAAUUCAAAACCGAACACCUUCUGUUCAUGCGGUCGCCUACAACUGCAGCAGCCCAGACGCCAUUGAGACUGUGAAGCAAAUGGCGGCAGUUUCCGGGGGGCGAUAUCACCUGUUUUCUGCCGCAAUGGGUGUAUUAGACGGCAGUACAGACAUAGAUUUGCUGUGGGCGGAGAUUAAAGCAGCUCGCAAUGUUCUUACCCAAAUUCAGAACAUGCGUCAGGGUCGACUGGGAGACGCAGAGAUCUCCACAGAUUUGCACAGUCUGACUCUUUCUGACUUCAGUCCUGUAAGCUCUUCUCUCAAUGCCCCAUUGUGCAUCCAACCCACAGGCCCGAUACCAACCACCUCCAGCGAAUGGCUGAAAACCCACGGCCUGAAGGCUCAGAAGCUGGAUCUGUAUCAGCUGCUGGCUCGUAAUGCCUAUUCUCCACAAGAGACGUUUGUGCCAAUCUUAGGAAAGACUGUUUCCUCUACGGUUCACAAGCGGGUUAUGGUAAGGUUUGAGUGGCAUGAUGGGACGAUGAAGAAUUUGCAUGUCGACCUUCCAUCAGUGCAAAAGUACCAGAAGCGACUCAUGGAUGCCGUGCGUCUGUUUGAAAGGAGAGUUCGGUGGCUGAACAGGACGGGAAGUCAGCAGAUAUGGGGAACCGUGUGUGAGCAGAGGGUGCAGGUUCUUCUGGACAUGUCUGGGAUGAACGCCCACUACCAGCUCCAUCUCCAGCACGCCCUGCGAAUACUACUGCAGGAGCAGCUGGCCAACAAACACAGCUUCAAUGUCAUCGCUUUUGGAUCAGAUGUCAAGCCAUGGCAGGAGAAGAUGGUUCCCUCCACCCAUGAAAACCUUCAAGCUGUUUGGCAGUGGAUUCAGGCAAUGGAGUGUGUCGGGGGUCGUAACACUUUGGCUGCUCUACGGCACGCUCUGGAGGAGGAAGCGCAGGAAGAGUCGUCCCUGACCGGAGGUGUGUACCUCCUGACCACCGGCAUGCCAGAUCAACAUAUGGUUUCGGUCACUGCUUAUGUAUCUGAGCGCUGUAGCGCAGCAAACCUGAAUCUCCACGUGUGCCUGUUCACUGGAGAGCAGGACACCGCCCGCUGCCCUCCUCCCCGCGUCACCACCCGCAGCCAAACCGCACGGGCUCUGAGCGGCCUGGCGCACACAGGCAACGGACGCUUCCUCUGGAUGACUGAGACUGGCAUCGUGGAGAGUGAUGACAUCAGUGCCCUAAUUGAAGAAAUGGAGACGGCCGUUAAUUAUUUUCAGAAGUGCUCUGAAUUAGUGGAUUCUCUGAUCCAGAAGGGCUCUGACAGAGGUUCAGGAGAAACGAGUAACCCAUCCAUCAAACCCCAGACCUCGAGUCGCAGAGCACAACGGCCAUCUCCUCGACCCACAACACUCAGCCUUGCUAGACUGGAAAGCAGGCAGAAGAGCAGAUUGGCACAGAACGGCUGGGCUUGGAGGCCGAACAGCUCUAAAGCAGAUAUCCCAGCAGUCCGGUCAGCUGUUAUCAGCACAACAGCAAGGCUGUCAAGGUCUGCAGAUCAGAGUAAAACCAACUUAUCUCAAUCUGUCUUCUUCAUGGAAGAUGGCAACUUGGGUGUUGUCUUCAAGAAAUAUCCGAAACCAAAGAGUGUUCGUAAGUCUGUCACUACUAUUAAACUACUAAAACAUGAAGACAUCUCUUCAACUAAACAGUGGCUGAAAAGGUUUGGAAUCAAGAAUCUGAAGUUGGACCUUCACAAGCUGAUAUCUGGACCUGAAUGCUGCCAUCACAACAAACUGGUGCCAUCCGUCCAGAAGAUCGUGUCUGCUAAAUACUGUGACAUAUUCCCUAGUGUCCAGAUCAAUGGGACUGUGAAACACUUGCAUCUGACUCCUGGUGAGUUAAAGCAGUACCUCACUCAGACUGAGAAACUGAUGCAGCGCUACAUACAAAGAUUGGAGUGGUUACUGACAGGCAGCAAGCGUAUGUUUGGAUCAAUGCUGGAGAAGAUGGUCUGUGUUCUGCUGGAUGUGUCUGGAUCUAUGGCUCCCUGCCUUUCCGAGCUCCAGAAGGAGCUGAAGUUACUGAUCUGGGAUCAGCUGCAUGCCAACAGCGUGAGGUUUAAUAUGCUGGCGUUCUCUAGAGAGGUGCGGAUGUGGCAGCCGGAGUUGGUUGAGUCCACAGAGGAGCUGUGUGUGGAGGCAGUGCAGUGGUUGAAUCAGCUCAGCACUCACGGAGCUUCCUCCACACUACAAGCACUGCAGACUGGCUGUGGUUUUGAAGAUGCCGUGGGUUUGUAUCUGAUCACUGACGGGAGAUGUGACUCCAGCCACAGUCUGGUACUGACAGAGAUCGAGUCACUGAGGAAAGAGAAGGACUUCACCGUCCACACCGUUGCAGUCAACUGCCAUGACAGAGCAUGCAUUGAGUUUCUGAAGAGUCUGGCUCAUAAAACAGGUGGACGGUUCCAUCAGGCUCCAGAAAACACAGAUACAGCUCUUAUCAGAAAACUCCUGUCUGAUCCGUGCAGCGCGGACCCAGCGCUUCCGAAAUUUGAGGGAGACGAUCUUAAGAAGCUAUCAGAAGAGAUUGAGAAGCUGAGGUCGUUCCAGAAACAAGCUAAAGCUUUUCGGGAAACUAUUUUGGAGUCGAGGAGCCGGGAGGGAAUGUAGACAUUGAUCUCCACGUUUCUUCAAACCAUGACAGCUAUAUUUUUUUUGAAAAUCAACCUUCUCUGUCUAAGGCCUGCAUGAAGCUUACGCUUUUUCUGUUUAACCUAAUGUAUGCAUUUCUUCUUUAAAAAAAAAACUAUUUUCUGUUCUUACAGGGUAAACAGUAUUUCUAAAUAUUUUGAAUAUUAAACAAAUAUUUCGAACGCUCAAAUGAGACUCUUGUCAUUGAGUCUGGCUAUAAAUAUCGGACAUUUCUUCUCGAGGGUAGAGCUGGUUACAUUCAGGUUCCUGGUUUUCACAAGCACGCCCUGGGUGUCUAGGGGACUGAAUACUUUAGUUCAGUUUAGAUUGUGGUUGGAUGGGUUAUUUUAGUGUCCGGGACCCCCAGGGCACGCCGUGAAGCUAGAAGGGCAAAGCCUGCAAGGUGGGAGGGUGGCAAGCAGGGGGAGCCCUGGAUCGUAACACCUCUUUCAUUUAUAUAUUUUGUUUUAAUACUCUGUUUCCAAAGAUACCAUGGUAUUUUCUACGGUCACUACACAUAAAACAAAACACCACAAAAAGUAUCAUGAUAUGGUAUUAUCAUAUUUGGGACAUAAACCAGUAUACAUAUAAUGUAUUCAAUAUAUUGUUCUGUAGCAUUUUAUUUAAAAUG